AUGCUAUCCUUUCUUUUUUUACUAGUCAGAAUCGAUUACUCAAUUCAACAACUCCCCGGACCAAAUGGUAAAGAAAUCUACCGUAAUCCAUUUUAGAAUGAGUUCAGAAUAUCCUGGAAGAAUUGGGAGCAGAUGUGGACUGUUCCAGUUUGACUGUGAUCCGAAAGCCAGAACUCCUUUGUGUAUUCCACUGGUUGCCGUCAGAGAUUGCACUCCGGACUGUCCGAAUAUGAGCGAUGAGUGUAGGUACAAUUCGAAACAACAUCUUUUUCAACGAGAUGUAUUGAAAGUAGAAGUAACUUUACCAUAGUUUCAAAAAUCUGUUCUAACAAUAUAGAUGUUCAUAUUUCUGGCUGUAAGACUUGUGUUUAGGGUGUGGUCAGGGCAUGAUCCUCUGCGAUGCCGGACUCGCGCAGAAAAGAUGUGGAAAAUGUGUUCGGCCUCAGGAUAUUCCACAUCAAUGUUUAGAUAGAAAGUGUAUGAUAAAGUGUCAAAUCACAAACAAGUAACCUUUCAGGGCAACAUUUAUGUGCAUAUCAGGGAACAUUCAAGUGUGCCAAAACGAUGAAUUGUGUUUUCGGAAAGUGGUUAAUGGACGGAAAAGACGAUUGUGGUGACGGGAGUGACGAGGACGUCUGUGCUCAUGGAUUGGUGUCAUGCUCACGGAAAGAGACCACUCCGACCAAUAUCCUGGAACCAAUUACUUCGACGGAAAAACCAAAGACUCCGAGGAAGCCGCAAGUGAAGGAAAGAUGUGGAUUGGGAGAGUUUCGAUGUUUGGACGGCGAGUGUUUGGAUGUUGCCAGAGUGCUUGAUGGACAAGAGGACUGUGCUGACGCGAGCGAUGAAAGUGCGUUUUUUUUAACUUGAACUUGUCAGGUAUCACAUCAUGGUGUUAGUCAGUCUAGGUGCAUGUGAACAAAGUUUUAGACAUUGUACGCUCAAAACUUUUCAGAUUAUUGCGAAAUGCACGAAGGAGUGUGCAACGACGCGACUCGGUGCUCCUUCCAAAGGGAUGUACAGGCAUUUGGGUGCGGUUGUCCGAAAGGGCACGUUAGAAGUCCGACGGGAAUCUGUGAAGUUGAAGAGAAUCGUUUGAAACUUUAAAAACAAAAUGGAAUAAACUAUUUAUAUAUAUAUUAGUAUACCUCAUUCGAAAAUUACACUAUUCUUCCAUUACCAACAACGAUCCCAUUUUGACGUCUGGGAUGCCUUAAGAAUGAUGAAUAAUCAGUUGAAUAUUACUCUUUCUCAGUCUCUUUAUCUUUUCCCUCCGUUUCGUCUGCGUUGGCGUUCCGAUUCGCAUCCUUAUCUUUUGAAUGAUUCGUAUAUAAUAUAUAACCUCUUACAACUGAUAUUGUGAUCAUCUCGGGAAAACUGCAGAAGAAACGAAACGGGAGAAAAGCAAUUGUUUUUGCACUUGAAAGAAGACCGGACAUUAGAAGAUGAAAUGGGGGGAAAGGGGGGAAGAAGUAGGUGAGGGGAAGUGGAAGAUGAAAUGUCAAUUGAAUUAACGAGCACAGCAGGGGAAUAAUGUUUCAAGUUGAAGAAUCUUUGAAAAGGUAAAGAACAUUUCCAUCUCAUUCCGGUUUUUUAUUCGAGCAACAACAGAAGUGAUGCUAUUUAAAAAAAUUGGAAUUUGUGUCAAUUGUCCAACUUACACAGAUCAGAUAAAGAACUAGUGAAAUUCUUUCGACUCCUGAAAACUAGGCCCCGAAAUCACAAAUGAAAGGGCUGGUCAGUAAAGUAAAGUACAUCUUUUUCCGAAUGCCCAGGUGAUACCCAACUGUUUCAUUGCACCAUUGUAUUUAAGAUAACUGAAGUGCAUUUUGUGCUUAACACUAACCUCUCCCCUUAGGCUUAUUCCUCAAACAUUCAUCUUCCCUGCUGCUUCUAGCUGGCGGAGGCGUGUCGUCCGAUCGAAAACCGCAAUCCUUGAACACAUACAGAAGAAGAAGAGAGAGAGACGAAGAGAGAAAGAGAGACGGAGAGCGCGCGUGUCAUCCGCCCGGGGCAGACCAGGCGGCCGAUUCGUUCAUUCAAGAAUUCCCAGGAUCAUCAUCGUCACGACUCUCUCUUCCGAAUAUUAUGGAAGGGGGAUCUUGGUGGUUUCUCGUGUUGCUCAUACCACUUGUCCACAGUUUCCAUCCGUUUACUGGUUGGUUUGAAUAUAGUAUCCCCUUACUUUUCUGAUUUUUCACCAAAAAUACCUCCAGGUCAUCAACGGUACCGGCGGCAGAUUCUCGAUGAGCCCAACCAGCAGAUUGAUCUGAACAUCACUGUGCCGUACAUUUUUUCGGCUCGGCUUUACACGUAUGGAGCGAGUCGGGGAGAUAUUCCGGUGCAUAGCAGACAGGAAGUUUACAAGCUGGAAAAUCCGGUGCACUUCAUGGGAAGAGUCUAUGACACUGUCUACGUGAGUUUUUUGUUUCGGAAAAUAGGUCUCUUUUAAAGUUUUCGAAGGAAAUGCAAGUUCGAAGAACUUCCAAGCAAAUUUGAAGAAAUGAAUGUACAAUGACAAGUUUUGAACUUUCCCAGGGUUUUCUUUCAGAAUAACCUAUUGAAGCUCUAAAACCAUUUAAAAAUCCUGUAGAUGAGCAUUAGAAAUGACAGUUUAGCUUACUUUUACUCAAUAAUAAAGUACAGUAAUCCUUUCAAACUCUGUGAGUCGCCCGAGUCCAAUCAAUAUAUCAGCUUCUUCUUCUUCUUCUUCUUCUUUCCUCAUCAUAUUAUCAGUCCAUUCCAUUCCAUUCCCAGCAUAUUUCCCUCCUUCUCUCUCUCUCUCUCUCUCUCUCUCUCUCUCUCUCUCUCUCUUUCUCGCUCGCUCUCUCUCUCUCUCUCUUCCUCUCUUCUUAUCAUCCUCGAGACAAGAAGGAGACGACGCAAAACGGUGUUAACUGACCGGCCUUCUGCGCAUCAGAAUAGCAUAUAAAGGGGGAAGAAAAGCUGGUUGCGAAAAUUAUGCGAAAAUUGGAAUGCGAAUUUGGUGGCAGAAAACAAUCAUAAUAGGGAGAUUCGAAAAAAAAAAUUUUCCAGUAGCAAGUUUCCUAAAAAGGUCUAUAUGAUUACUCCACUCCAGUUUGUUAAUAAUAAGUUUUCGUCAACGCCAGUCUUCUUUCGUGCAAUCCGCCAAAUUUCAAAUUGCAUAAGUUCGCCUUGGAUGUAUCCUGAAAAUUUGCGAUUUUUCAUGCACAUCACAAAGCUCCGUUUGAUUUUGGCAGAGUGAACGUUGAACCAGUUAGGCUUCAGUGUUCAUAUCACUUUUGCCCCGAAAAAAAAACAAAACUGGAACCAAUUAGAAGAGAAGGAAAAGUUGUAAUCCUCCCGGAGAUACUAUACGUUCACUGCUAUCACAUUUGUUCGCAAAAAGUGAAAGCAUUUUCUCCCUUGCGCCCCCGCGCGUAUCAAUAUCUCCUGUCACAAGAAGAAUAAGAGGAAGGGGUCAAAGCCAAUUAAAAUCAUUCUAUAUUAUAGAUUUAUAUCAUAUUACACAUUCAAGUGCCAAUAGGCGAAUCGCAUCGAAAUCCGAUUGCGCAAAGAAGAUUUUAUAAGAACGGCGCCAACAAAAAACGGGCGAACGCAUAAUAUCUGAAUGACUAAUCGGAUAUGUUCAUUUAUUCUUUUAUUUAUUAGCAAGACGGUGGGGGCAGGUGUGAAAUGUAUACGGACAGGAAGAAAUAUAGGAUAUUGUGAAUUCCUAAUAAGUUAAUAUUGUUUGCUCAGAUGAUGCGUUGUUUGCAUAGCAACCUGGACGAAAAACAGGAAAUCAGGUCAAAGCUUGAAGAGUUGAGGAUCUCAGCACUAAACGUUGAGGGAACGAUUACAGCUUGACGAUUAAGGAGAAGUAGCCAUUUACAGAGCACAAUGGUCAAAUGAGCAUCUAACUAGUAUGUAGUGCAAUUCAUGAAAGGAUUACUACUUUUAAAUUGAGGAUAAGAAAUAAAGAAAUACGGUAGAAACGCCUACGAAGAAGUCAGUCAUUUUUCGUGAAUGAACAAUAACUUUCACUUCUUCCCCUCGAUUUGAAGAGAACUAGAACAUGGUUUUUUCCGUUUUUUUUUCUCCAAAAAUCGGAAGGCUAAAAUGAAUAGCUAUUUUACAGAUCUCAAGAGAUGGAUCAGUUGGUUUCUCGGAAAAGAGACAAAAACCGUCGGCCCUUCCGGUCGAAGAGCCCAUAAUAGCAGUUUUCUGGCAGCCGGCCACGCUCGGAAAUGUUUGGUAUCGGGAGACUUCAGGUAUUUGAAAAAUAUUUUGUUCCAGCUUAAAUAAAGUGAAUCUCCAGAUGUGAAUAUUGUGAACCUGGCUCACAACGAAGUGAACAUACAAUAUCGAUACGGUUCGCAGUUCAGAGUCCUAUCUGUAGUGCUCAUCACGUGGGAGGGAGUCAAAGACCCACAAGUUCCGGUGAGUUGAAAUGUGAACCAUAGUUCCUGUAUUUAAAAAAAGAAUUUAGUUUUGAAGUAGAAGAACAACAGCAAAAAUUAGAUUGGGUUUCGUGUAGACAUCUACAAUAAUUAUAUGUACCGUUUUAUUGUUAUUAAGUUUCGGAAGACACCUAAUGACACGGCAAUUGACUGAAUCCUUUCUCUUUUUUGAAAACUAUUAUUUCAUAACCUUGUCUGUCCGAGAAAAGUGGAAUCCGUUGGAUUUAAAGACUCUGGCUUUUCGUUAUUAAUCUAACGGCGGCCUAAUAACGUCUAGACGUACUAUAUCCAAAAAAAAGUGAUGUAUCAAAAAUCCAAAUAACUUUUUUAAGGAAUCCGAAGGAAACACAUUCCAACUGGCGUUGAUCAUCGGUGAUUCGAUGACGUUCGCGCAUUUCAUUUAUAGUAAACUCAACUAUAACACCAAUGCGAUCGCGGGUUUCUCAACCGGAGAGCUCUCGUAUUCCCUUCCGGAUUCUGCGACCCACGACGCCAUUCUUCUUUCGGAAAAGUCUGACAUUGGAAUCCCAGGAGAAUGGUUGUUCCGAGUGGAUAAGGAACAGAUCUACCUGUGCGGAGCUGGCUUCAAAGGUCUCGAGUGUAUCGAGAGUUGUGCGCCAUCCCAAUGGUUCAACGAUUGCUCGAAAAGCUGUCAUUGCGACGGGGGAGACGGAUGCGAUCAAGAGAACGGGCGGUGUCCGAAUGGAAAGUGUUCCCCCGGCUGGACUGGAGGACCGGUUUGUGACGUCGAUUUGGAUGAGUGCGAAAUGGAAAUCGACAAUUGUCCGAACGAGCAGCCGGACUGCUUGAACACUCCUGGGAGCUUCUUGUGUUUGUGUUUCGAGUACGAUGAGUCCAGACAAAUGUGCAAGAACUCGAAGCCAGCGCCUCCCUCCGCUCCAAUUCCAGUGGAUGUGGUCCCAAUGCGCCCGACUUUCACAAGAAAACUCCUUGCCAGUACUCCAAAGCCUAGUGCUCAAAGAAAUAGGUUCAAAUCUACGGUAGCUGCCACAUCACCGACUUUUUCCGCUUCUCCUUCUCCCACUUCAUUGCCAGCUUCGUCCUCAUCUCUCUCCUCUUUCAUUUCUUCUCAAACCUUCACCACUCCUCUUCUGACCACGGAAAUCGUGACGAGACCUGUGACCACCACUACCGUACCGCCUGCACCUUCCGCGUGUUCCAGAUGCGAUCAGAAUGCAAAGUGCAAAGCAGGAACCUGCGAGUGCUCGGAAGGAUUCACAGGCGACGGAUUCAGGUGUUAUGACGUGGAUGAGUGUCAGAUUCCUGAAGCAGUCUGUGGGGAGCACUCGAUUUGUUCGAAUACAAUCGGAAGUUUCGAGUGCACUUGCCACGGAGGAUAUCGUUUUGAGGAUGGACAGUGUGCUGGUGAGGAAUCACCGGGGACACCUUAAUUUUCUAGUCCAUUUCAGAUGUGGAUGAAUGUCGUGAGACUCCGAAAAUCUGCGGAGAACCGAACAAAGGAACAAAAUGCGUUAACAAGGACGGAUCGUUCGAAUGUCUGUGCAAAGAUGGAUACGAAGGAGAUCCAUCUUCCGAGUGCCGAGAUAUUAAUGAGUGCAAAACCAGUCAAGACGCGUGCGGACCCAAUUCUGAGUGCACCAAUACCGUAAUCGUUUAUUUUUUCUUCACUUAUUUAAUCUAGCUUACUUAUUCAGGAAGGAGGCUACGAAUGCGAAUGUCUGCCAGGAUUCGAGAGGUUGGCCGAAGGAGCGCAUUGCACGGAUCGGGACGAAUGCGCGGUGGAACCAUGCCAUCCGGCUGCCACGUGCAGUAAUACCAGGUUAGCGAUUGCCAGAUUAUUUGAUUGAUUCGGUUGGUGAUGUUUAUUUGCACUGUGUCGUAUUCCAGAGGUUCAUACAAAUGUGAAUGCAUCGAAGGGUUCGUGGGCGACGGAAAAACUUGCCACGAAACUAUUCUCUAUCCCAUUUCCAACGACUCCACAGUAAUCCCAAGGUCCUGGGACUCGGCGACCGCUAUUUCACUUGUCAGGGAAAUAGCUGUUUUUGGCAAGAAAUAUAGGAACAUUUACGUGAGUUUGGAUGCCGUAAUGUACCGUAAUCCCAAAUGUUUCAGUUGUCCACAAAUGGAAUAAUCUCCUUCGAAGGUCCUCUCCGGGGAUUGAUUGAUCAUGCGGAUACUCUCAAGCAACCGGCAGUGUUUGCACUUCAUGCUCAGUUCGAUUAUAUCAGAGAUGGAUUGGUGGCCUAUACUUAUAUAAAUGGUGCGUCCAACUUACAGUGAAGCGAUAAUUGGAUCCGGACUUUUUCCAGAUUCCGAUCCAGUCACCCUUCCACUUCUGAUGAGGUCGUCCAUCGGAAUUCAAACAGUGAUGGGAAUCGAGAACUUUAACACCAAACACUUGCACAUUUUCACAUUUGAUAGAGUCCGUCAAUCCGGCUCCGACAACCUAAACUCUUUCCAAAUCGUUUUGGCACAGGAUGAAAAAGAAUCGACAAUUCUCUCGUUGAUCUACGAGAAAGUGCAAGCUCGCGGUCCGAUCUCUGCCAUUUCCACCCCUGGCCGCUUCCUGAUACUGCCCAACAACCGUCUGACUUCCGGUUCGAAUGUAGGCCAACCAGGCAAAUGGGUGUACCGGGUCGACACUCCUGGCCUUCAAACUUGUCCUCCCGGAAGGCUUGGAGAGCCCCUUUGCGAUAGAGAAUGCUCGGCCGGUCACUACGGAAUAAACUGUGAAUCCACGUGUCAUUGUGACGGCUCGGUCGCUUGCGACGUCAUCACGGGCAUGUGUCCUGGAGCACUGUGCCGAGCCGGAUGGGAAGGAGCUUCUUGCGACCAAGACAUUGACGAAUGCGCCAUGAGUCUGGUCACUUGCGCCCACGGAUCAGAAUGUGUGAACACGAGGGGAGGAUACAGAUGCGACUGCAAAAAGGGAUUUGUUCCAGUUGGAAAAGAAUGCAAACGUGAGUCAAACUGUUUGAGAACGUCACGAAGUCGAAAAUAAUCGAAAUAUUCAGCAGUCGACAUAUGCCUCUCCAGAUUCUCAGUACCGUGCUCCCGAAAUGCAGAAUGUCUGGAUGCGGGAGGAUCGGAGCCAAAGUGUGUGUGUCUGAACGGAUAUCACGGAGAUGGGUUCAGAUGUGCAACACGGGAUAAUGGAAAGAUGGCCGGAGGAAGCAAGCUGAUAGAAGACCUCACUCAUCAUCUCAUGGAGGCUGCAGGAGACGGUUUGAAUGAUUCGAAUUUCCUUCAAAAAAGGUCUCUUUAGGACCCAACAACACUACGGAACCGGAAGUAUUAAUGACGUCUGAGAAUCCAUUCUUAAUGAAAAACUGGACUCCGGAUCGGGCGACGGAAACUCCCCCAACUGUUCCGCGAGGAAAUGCGAAAGCCAAUUUUGUCACGGUUCAAACUCCUCCGCUGCUCUACACGGGUCAGUUGUUUUUCAAGUAAAGAAAGGAUUGACGUCAAUGAAUUCUCGCGGAUUAACAUUAUCCAUUUCUAAACAUCUUAUCUCAACCUUUUUUGGCAAAAAAAAAUCCGCGCGGGGGCAGAAAUCCAUCAAGAAUCAUCCGACAAGUCUUGAACUUAGGGCUUUUUGAAAAAAUCUCCCUUUGCCUUGUGAAUCUUUGAUCUUUUCUCACUUUUCCAACAUAAAAAAGAAAUCGACCUACUAAUCUCUUGCCUCCUCCAUCUUUUCAGCAUUUCCAUUGCAAAUUAACCCCCUCCCCCCACUCGUUUGUCCAUCUAUUCAUUCCGAGUUCUGAAAGGGAAGCGAUUUUUGUUGUUUAUAUAAUAUUCCUUGCGAAUACUCAUUUUGAAUAUUCAAACCCAAAUGGGCAUCCUUUAUCCUUGUCGUGGAGUAGGUGAGAGGCUCAGAAAUCUUUAGAUUUUUUGGCAAAAGUGAAACGACUUUUUUAGAAAUGUAGAAAACAGCGGAAACAUGAAAAGAACACGUUCUGAUAUCAUCAGAUAUCAAAAAUAAAUGUUUUUUCAGCUCCGCCAAUAAAGCCAGCACUUCACGAUAAAGAUAUGAAUAUCGGAGACGGGAAGCCAAGAGCAGAGGAGAGUGAAGGCUUCUCUGGUGAGUCGGAAACUAAUAUUCGAUGUUUCAAUUAUCAAAAUUUCAGCAGUUUUCAUAAUUGCUCCUGGAGCAUUCCUCAUCAUCUGGAUUGUUCUGAUCUUCUUGGUUCUAGUUGUCUGCAAAAUGAACAAAAGGUGAACAAAAUGUUUAGGCCGGCUUUUGUUAAGCCUUAAAAUUUCAACACCAUCAGACCUUAACAUAACAAUUUCUUUUCAGAAAGCGAGAAGAGCACGAACGACAGCACUAUCCAGCUAUGAGAGACUGGAAAGUGGGACGGGUGGCGUCGAGGGAAACGAGAAUGAUAACAGCGUCGAAUCCGAAUGUGAUCUACGGGAGAACGCCACGCAUAACGCCUUAUGAGGGCUAUUGA